AUGUCCGACAAACGCCCGAAUUUGUUGGAGCUGCGAGCACACUCGCAUGCUUCUGGCUUCUCCAGCGCCUCUAGGCCCCUUCGCUCCCCGCGCUUGCACAUUGCUGGUGAGGCGCCCCCCGAGCUCUCGCCCCUCGACGCCUUUGCUCUCCAAAGUCGCAUCCUUGCCAAGCAGCUUCAGAAUGGCGACAAGGACGGCAACAGAGUCAGUCGCCUGCCGCCUCUUACCCUCGAAAGCCCUCUGGUCCUCCAGGGCCGAUCCGACUACUUUCGUUCCAUGUCCCAGGAAUCCCCAACCGAGCUCGCCGACUCGCCAGACCGCGCCAACGACUCUGUUGGCCUCAAGACUGAACUGGAAGAUGCCUUUGAAGCUAGCGAGCGUCCCGUUUCCAUGCACCCGCGCAUGAGCCGUAUACAGCCUAACCUCGAACAAGCGCCCCCCAUGCCGGGAGCCUUUCCAGAGUUGCCUCGCGGCCGACCAGAGUUAAAUCCCGACGACAAUCACAGCUUCUUUGGUGCCCGUACCCGCUCUCCAUCGCCCAUCCAAAGCGAUACUCAGUCAUACAUAGAAAAGCGCUCGGAGAAAUCACCAGUUCGAAGUAUUCCCGGCGCAUUCCCCUCCACACAGCUCGCAGUUUCUCCCGACAGACCACGUGUGUCCUUGGAAGACGCAGGCCUCGUUCCGCCCAGGCCUCCCUUCUUGUCUAAGCGAACAUCAAGCGUCAAGUCCUCUCCACCAGGGUCGAUAGAUGAUGACAGUGCAGGUACUCCUGCCACCUCUUUUCAUUCCACCACCGCCCGCAAGCUCUCUUCUGCAAGUAGCGCUUUUGCGGCUCCUGGCGUUCUAGCCAACAGCUUCCAGAGAUCGCCUUCAGUCGCGUCAGACGCAUCCGGUCUUCCUCGUCCGUCAUUCAACUUUUCUCGCCCGCUUAGUCGAGCUGGCACCCCAUCCUUUGACUUGCCUUCCAGACAAGCCUCCUCGGACAGCCAGCCCUCAUUUUUUCUAGCCGAUGAUGCCCACACCCCAGUCAGCAUGCAUAGCGAGGCAUUCCUCGAUCAACAAGCAGAUGAUGGUAGAGGCAAUGGCCAAUCAUACAUAUACUCCAAAUUCACUCUUCCGCGAGGAAAGUCUGUCCAAAGAUCAGAGCCACCCGAGAUGUAUCCUCUCACGCCUUCAGCUUCCAACACACGCAAGCCAUCCGGCGCACCGCCUUCCCCACCAACUCGCCCGUCUAGUUCAUCGGCGAGAUUUAUGGGAGACGAUGCGUCCAGCUUCAUUGCCCGCCCUUCGUUUGACACGGGCAAGGCGAGCUUGGACAUCUCUCGGUUGGGCCCCGCAGGAUAUCCAUCACCAAAUUCGAGUCGGCCAUCAGUAGACAUCGGCCGUCGCUCAGAGGAUGUCGCUCGUGGCAGAACUUUACAGUCUAAUUUGAGUGAUGCCCGCGGAAGAACACCAGUAUCAACAAUGACAUCUGAUAGUGCCGGAACCAUUCGGCCGCCUCGCACAGCAAACUCUCAGUCGUCUUCCCUGCCAGAAUUAACAGCCGAAGACCAUCUGGAAAAGGGUAUCCAACUGCACGAGAAUGGAUCGCUCAAGGAAUCGACGUAUCAUCUCCGACUGGCUGCCAAACAAAACAACCCCACUGCCAUGCUUCUCUACGCUCUCGCUUGCCGUCACGGUUGGGGAAUGCGCCCCAGUCAAAGGGAAGGCGUGGAGUGGCUUCGCAAGGCUGCCGAACAUGCUAGUACCGAGAUCGCCGAUGACGAGGACCAUGUCAAAGAAGGAAAGCACGUAGAUGUUAUUGAACGGCGAGCGCGUAAGGCACAGUUUGCUCUGAGCAUCUACGAGCUUGGCGUAAGUCAUAUGAACGGUUGGGGCAUCGAGCAAGAUAAGACCCUUGCUCUCAGAUGUUUCGAAAUCGCAGGAAACUGGGGUGACGUCGAUGCGCUGGCCGAAGCCGGUUUCUGCUACGCUCAGGGUGUUGGCUGCAAGAAGAAUUUGAAGAAGAGUGCCAAAUUUUACAGACUUGCCGAAGCCAAGGGUAUGAGCAUGGUUGGCAAUAGCUGGAUCCACAAGGCCAAGUACAACGACGAUACUACCAAGGUUACUCCCUCCAAAGACGCCAAAAAGGCGCGCAGCAGAUCACGAGCGCGAACCAUGUUUGGCUUGAAGCAGCGUUCGGUUGAAUAA